AUGGCCUCCUCCCUCGCCCCGAAACCGCGGCCGAGGCCGGCGCACACGACGGGCACAACCCGCCUCGCAUACACUCCGUCGGGCGCGCGCCUCGUCACUGUCGGCUCCAACAACACAAUUCGACUGUACCGCACCCACCACGACGGCGAGCCUUACAACAUCGAUGACUGCCCCGAACAGAACUGCGCCGCCGCCGCCGACGAUGAAUUCUUCGUAGUCGGCUCCGAGGACGGCACCGUUAGCGUCUACUCGGUCGAGGACACCGUCUUCGAGCGCUUCCUCACGCGCACCUCCCUGCCCGUCCGCGACGUCGCCCUCUCCCCGGACGCCAAGUGGUGCGCCGUCGCCAGCGACGAGCUGACGGUCAAGGUUGUCGACACCCAAGACAACGCUCGCGUCCGCGUCCUCAAGGACCACGGCCGCCCGACCAAGCACCUCGCCUUCGAUCCCAAGGGUGGCCUCCUCGCGCUCGCCUGCACCGAUGGCGUCAUAUACGUCUACUCCAUGACGGCCGACACCCCCGAGCUGAUCCGCAAGGUCGACGGCGUCAUCGGCCCACUCGAACCCGACUCAGAGUCCUCGGCCAGGAUCGCGUGGCACCCGGACGGCCGCGCCUUCGCCGUGCCGACACCCAUGCACGACGUGCAGGUCGUGUCCAAGAACGACUGGGAGAAGCAGCGGGCCUUCUCCAACGGCCACCUCGGCGACAUCACGGCGUUGGCCUGGUCGCCCAACGGCGCGAUGCUCGCCACGGCGGCCAAGGACGGAAAGCUCCUCAUCUGGGAGACCAAGACGCAGAGCGUUGUACAAAAGUUCGACUACAGCAACGUCCUCGAUAUGGCCUGGCACCCCAAGGACAACCUGCUGUCGUUCACGACGUCCGACGGCGAGGUCUACAUCUACCCGAACCUCAUCACUGGGCAGUUCUCCUCCCUCCUGCAGCUGCCCCGCCAGCCGGCGCCCUAUAUCCACGAUCCCUUGGCCGAGAUAUCCAACAAUGCCCGCAGGCCGGCUGCAAACGGCGCCGGUGGCCUGCCGGCCUCGAUACCCAGCCGCCCGCGGCGCGAUUCGUUGGGGAGCCUUGACUCGUUUCUCAACCGCGGCGAGGACGGCUACGAUGACGGCGACGAUUUCGUCGUCGACGACGACGGCGCGGGCUAUACGACAGGGACCAAGAGGGCGCUUGAGGCCGGCGGCGCUGGCGGCGGCGACUACGCCGGGCGCGCGACCAAGCGCCGCCUCCUGGAGCAUACGCUCCACGAGCCCUUCCAGCCCGGCUCGACUCCCUGGCGUGGCAACCGCAAGUACCUGUGCCUGAACCUCAUCGGCGUCAUCUGGACGGUCGACCAGGACGGCCACAACACGGUGACGGUUGAGUUCUACGACCACGAGUUCCACCGCGACUUCCACUUCACCGACACAUUCCUAUACGACAAGGCCUGCCUGACGGAGCACGGCGCCCUGUUCUCGUGUCCGCCCCUGAACGACACGCCCGCCACCCUCUUCUACCGCCCACAUGAGACAUGGACGCAACGCGCCGACUGGCGGACGGAACUGCCCAAGGGCGAGGCCGUCGUUGCCAUGUCGCUGAGCGACUCCUUCGUCACUGUCACCACCACGGCCAACUACGUGCGCAUCUAUACCCUCUUCGGCGUCCCCUACCGCGUCUAUCGCCCCAAGAGCACACCCAUGGUCACCUGCGCCAGCUGGCGCGACUACGUCAUCACAAUGGGCAACGGCGCCGUCGGCGCCGACGGCAACGCCCGCCUCCUGUACACAAUCGAGAACAUCAAGCGAGACGAAAUCUGCCAGAACGAAGACACCGUCGCACUACCGGAUGGUGCCACUUUGCGGAGCGUCUUCUUCUCAGAUGUCGGUGAUCCUUGUAUAUAUGACUCGACGGGCACGCUCCUCACGCUCCUCCACUGGCGGAAGCCCUCACGCGCCUGCUGGGUGCCCCUCCUCGACACAAAGCUUCUCCCGCGUCUAGCGUCAGGGAGGAAGACAGAAACGUACUGGCCAAUCGCGGUUGCCGACAACAGGUUCCACUGCAUCAUCCUCAAGGGUGGUGACCAGUACCCCUACUUCCCCCGGCCCCUGCUGUCCGAGUUCGACUUUUCUGUGCCCCUCACCUCGGUCCCGGUCCCGGCUCCGGACGCGGAGUCUGCGGGGCAACGAGAAAACGACGACGACGAUGACGACGACGACGCGGGUCGGCGCGAGUCGCGCAAGCUGGAACAGAAGCUGCUGCUCUCGGGCAUCCACUCCGCCCAGCUGCGCGACCUCAUCGACCACACGGAUGCCACGCACUCGCAGCGCACCGGCCUGGCGCGCCUCGAACUCGACUUUGACAAGACGCUGCUCCAGAUGCUGGCCAUCGAAUGCCGCGAAGGCGAGGAGCGCGGCAUGCGGGCGCUAGAGUUGGUGGGCCUGAUGCGCGAUCGGACGGGCCGCAUGAUCGAGGCGGCAGGCAAGGUAGCGGAGCGGUACGGGCGGACCAUCCUGGGAGACAAGAUCCGCGAGAUUGGAGAGCGGAGGGUUACCGGUAUGGACGUCGACGACGGCGACUUUUAG